GGUUCGAGUCCGACGCGCACGCCUCCGCCCCGCAAACACAGCUCGUGCCCGUCCGUCCCGGCGGCUCUCUCAAACCCACACUCCCCACCUUCUUGCGGCACAAGCCGGAGCCGACGAUCCCCCCGCCCGCGCCGCCGUCGACGCGGCCUCUUCCGCUCGCCGGGAUCGGAGAGAACUGUAUAAACGGUUCGGUGAUUGAAGCGACUUAAGUCUUAACCAUGAGUAGCAUAGGAACCGGGUAUGAUCUGUCCGUCACCACUUUCUCCCCGGACGGCCGUGUCUUCCAGGUCGAGUAUGCUGGCAAGGCCGUCGACAACAGCGGGACGAUUGUUGGGAUCAAGUGCAAAGAUGGAGUUGUCCUCGGUGUGGAGAAGCUGAUAACAUCGAAGAUGAUACUUGCCGGGUCGAAUCGGAGACUUCACUCUGUUCACCGGAACUCUGGCUUGGCUGUGGCUGGGUUAGCAGCAGACGGUAGGCAGGUGGUCUCCAGAGCAAAGUCAGAAGCUGCCAAUUAUGAAAAGGUAUACGGAGAACCCAUGCCUGUGAAGGAAUUAGCUGAUCGUGUAGCUAGCUACGUUCAUCUGUGUACACUCUACUGGUGGCUCAGGCCUUUUGGCUGUGGAGUUAUUCUUGGAGGUUAUGAUAGGGAUGGGCCACAGCUCUACAUGAUCGAACCUUCAGGGCUCUCAUAUAAAUAUUUUGGUGCUGCUCUGGGUAAAGGAAGACAGGCUGCAAAAACGGAGAUAGAGAAAUUGAAGCUUUCUGAGCUAACCUGCAGGGAAGGCAUUGUUGAGGUUGCCAAGAUAAUUUAUGGUGUACACGAUGAAGCGAAAGACAAAUCUUUUGAGCUGGAACUGAGCUGGGUGUGCGAUGAAUCUAACCGUCAGCAUGAGAAGGUUCCAAAUGAUCUUCUGGAGCAGGCCAAGGCAGCAGCGCAGGCAGCGUUGGAAGAGAUGGACGCCGACUAAGAAGAGACCAUGAGCUCUGCUCCCCAUUUACUUUCACAUGCUCGCGUAACAGAUACCGGACUGGAGCGGUUCGUUUUCAGUGCAAAAAACUACCUUCAGGCGUUGUUGCUUACGGUUCCAUGAUUCCAUCCCAGUUGAGGUAGCAAGCAGGUUCUCGUGUUUUGGGGGGUUGUAGCGAAUCGUGUUCUGCUUGCUGUUGGUCACACACUGAAUCUUAAUCCAUUGAAAUCCGAACAUGUUUGUCACA